CCUAAAUUUGACAGUUUUCGAGGUCAUUCACCGGAAUGGACGUGUUUGUGUGAGAAAGUUACGCGGCAAGAGAAAACAAUCCAAAAGUUUCAUUUAUUUCGCUAGAAUCUCCAUAGAUAUGGGUUAUACUGUCACAGUAGUAGCUCCUGUUAAUAUAGCAGUGAUUAAGUACUGGGGCAAACGUGAUGAAGAGCUCAUAUUGCCGCUAAAUGAUUCAGUUAGUGCAACUUUAGAUACAAGUGUUAUGUGUGCCAAAACUUCAGUUUCUGCUUCCCCAGAGUUUACAGAAGACGUUAUUUGGUUGAAUGGAAAGAAAGAGUCGUUUUCCAACAAGCGCUUGCAAAAUUGUCUUAGGGAAGUGAAGGAAAGAGCAGCGGCCGAAGGUUCAGUGGAUAAAAAUUUCCUGUCAUGGAAAGUUCAUGUCUGCUCCGAGAAUAACUUCCCCACUGCGGCGGGGCUGGCGUCCUCCGCCGCCGGGUAUGCCUGCCUGGUCACGGCUCUAGCUAAACUGUACAAGGUGAAGACUGAUGUCAGUUCAAUAGCUAGACUUGGGUCAGGCAGUGCCUGCAGAAGUGUCUAUGGUGGCUUUGUGCGAUGGCACGCCGGCUCCGACCCCAGCGGCGUGGACUCCAUCGCCACGCAGAUAGCCAGCAGCACCCACUGGCCAGAAAUGAGAGCACUAAUCCUAGUAGUAGGUGACUCGAAGAAGAAAAUGAGCUCAACAAAGGGAAUGAAGAUUACCACCGAGACAUCUGAGCUGUUGAAACACCGCAUCAAACACUGUGUCCCUCAAAGGACUACAGAAAUUACCAAAGCUAUACUGGCCAGAGACUUCCCCAAGUUUGCUGAAAUAACUAUGAAGGAUAGCAACCAGUUUCAUGCAGUCUGCUUAGAUUCAUAUCCACCAUUUGUGUACUUGACUGAAGUAUCUCAUACUAUCAUUGAGUUAAUCCAUAGUUAUAAUGAGAUCUGCGGAGAAACUAAAGUAGCUUAUACAUUUGAUGCUGGGCCAAAUGCAUGCCUGUAUAUGCUAGAGUCUGAAGUACCCAUGAUUUUUAAAAUCAUAAAGACAAUAUUCCCAUCUUCAAAUCCUACAAAGUUUAUAUCAGGUCUACCCAUCAAUGAUGCUGAUGUAUCCACCGAUAUCCUGGGUAAAUUAGCUGUGAGAACACAAGAGCAUGAUCUGAUUAAGUAUGUGAUCUACACCAAGGUGGGUGAGGGCCCUACUGAUGUGCUGGAUGGAUCCCACUUGCUCAAUGAACUUGGCGAGCCCAUCAAUGAAAUUGUUGAAUAGGAGCAAGCACCAAAAUCUCAUGUCUAUUUUGAAAUAUCAGAUCUAAAUAUUCAUAGCUAUUAGUUAAUAAUUAGGGAGAGCCUAUUUAUUGUACCUAUUUAAUUUAAAUUCUAUUAUUGGUGCUGGUUGUGUUUUUAUGGAAACUUUAAAUAAAAUAUAUUGUAAACUU